GAUGAGUUUGACUGUCUCCUUAGUUACGCCUCGGAAACGGAAAAUAAGUUUUGAGUUUAUGUUGCGGUUUGGUGAAUGUUAAGAAACAUUAGGAUCUUGCUUGAUUAGUUAUUUUUAUUUAGUGUAAUUUAAUUUAAUUAAAUAACAAUGUCUCUCAUAAUCCCAGCUAAGUUUCAACACAUUUUGCGUAUAAUGAAUACCAACAUUGAUGGUCGGCGUAAAGUUAUGUUUGCAUUAACUUCAAUCAAGGGUGUUGGUAGACGAUUUUCCAACAUUGUUUGCAAAAAAGCUGAUGUGGAUCUUAACAAACGUGCUGGUGAACUUACCGAAGAGGAAGUUGAAAAAUUGGUUACAAUCAUGUCCAAUCCUAGACAAUAUAAGAUCCCACUUUGGUUCUUGAAUAGGCAAAGAGAUAUUAAGGACGGAAAAUACAGUCAGGUUACUUCUAACUCUUUGGAAACCAAGAUUCGUGAAGAUUUGGAAAGAUUGAAGAAGAUUAAGGCUCACAGAGGUCUUCGUCACUACUGGGGUUUGAGAGUUCGUGGUCAACACACCAAAACUACUGGCAGAAGAGGACGAACUGUUGGUGUGUCUAAAAAGAAGGGUUAAUCUUGAACUUAUCAUUUAUUAUUGUCUAUUUGAUUAAACUCGAUUUAAUCGUUA